AUGAAUCUCCAGGCCUCAGAAGGCCAUCCCGGCCUGGGAACCAAUGUGUUUGUCCCACAGAACCCAGAAGAGGAUGAAGAAAGCAGCAGGUCAGGAAGAAAUUUCAGUGCAUUUGAGGAGACACAGGACCUGGAAGCUCCCGAUCUCCCACCUUCACUUCCCACGGCCCCUCGGGGCUCUCAGGAGGGGCUGUCUCCGUGCCACCUGUUGACAGUGAGGGUCAUCCGGAUGAAAAACGUCCGGCAGGCUGAUGUGGUGAGCCAGACAGACUGCUUUGUGAGCCUCUGGCUGCCCACUGCCUCUCAGAAAAAGCUGAGGACUAGGACCAUCUCCAACUGCCCAAACCCAGAGUGGAAUGAAAACUUCAACUUCCAGAUCCAGAGCCAAGUGAAGAACGUGCUAGAGCUGAGUGUCUGUGAUGAAGACACAGUGACACCAGACGACCAUCUCUUGACAGUUCUCUACGACCUCACCAAGCUCUGCUUCCGAAAGAAAACCCACGUCAAGUUUCCACUCAACCCAGAGGGCAUGGAAGAGCUGGAGGUGGAGUUCCUGCUGGAGGAGAGUCCCUCUCCACCCGAGACCCUCAUCACCAAUGGCGUGCUGGUGUCUCGACAAGUCUCCUGCCUGGAGGUUCAUGCAGAAGCCAGGAAACAGCAGAAGAGUAAGAAAAUGAAGGACCUCUUGGUGAUGGUGAGCGAGUCCUUUGAGGACACCCAGCGCAUCCCGCCCUGCCCGGAGCCCUGCUGCCCCAACCCUGCCUGCUUCCACUACCCCAAGUACUUCCAGUCCCAGGUGCAUGUGGAGGUGCCCAGGAGUCACUGGAGCUGCAGGCUUUGCUGCUGCAACGCAUACAGGAACGGCCCCGUCUGCCAGCCCCUCGACUGCCUUUCCGAUGGCCAGGCCGUGACCCUGCCUGUGGGCGAGGAUUAUGAAUUACACAUGAAGUCUACACCCUGCCCCGAGAUGCUGGACGUGCGGCUGGGCUUCAGCCUGUGCCCGGCAGAGCUGGAGUUCCUGCAGAAGCGGAAGGUGGUGGUGGCCGAGGCGCUGAAGCAGGUGCUGCAGCUGGAGGAGGACCUGCAGGAGGAUGAGGUGCCGCUCAUAGCCAUCAUGGCCACUGGGGGUGGAACAAGAUCCAUGACCUCCAUGUACGGCCACCUGCUGGCGCUGCAGAAGCUGAACAUCCUGAACUGUGCCAGCUACAUCACUGGCCUGUCGGGGGCCACCUGGACCAUGGCUACCUUGUACAGUGACCCCGACUGGUCCUCCAAAAAUCUGGAGCCUGCUCUCUUCGAGGCCCGGAGACAUGUGGUCAAGGACAAGCUGCCCUACCUAUUCCCAGACCAGCUCCGCAAAUUCCGGGAGGAACUCCGACAGCACAGCCAGGAAGGCUACAAGGUCACCUUUACACACUUCUGGGGCUUGCUGAUCGAGGCUUGUCUGGGGGACGAGAGAAAUGAAUGCAAACUGUCAGAGCAGCGUGCUGCUUUGUGCCGGGGCCAGAACCCCCUGCCCAUCUACCUCACUAUCAAUGUCAAGGAUGAUGUGAGCAACCAGGAUUUCAGAGAGUGGUGCGAGUUCUCCCCCUACGAGGUGGGCCUACAGAAGUACGGGGCUUUCAUCCCCACCGAGCUCUUUGGCUCCGAGUUCUUCAUGGGACGGCUGAUGAAGAGGAUUCCUGAACCUCGAAUAUGCUACAUGCUAGGUUUGUGGAGCAGCAUCUUCUCCCUGAACCUGCUUGAUGCCUGGAAUCUGUCCCACACCUCGGAGGAGUUUUUCCACAGGUGGACAAGAGAAAGAGUACAUGACAUUGAAGAUGAGCCGAUCCUACCUGAAAUCCCCAAAUGUGAUGCCAACAUCCUGGACACCUCGGUAGUGAUCCCAGGGUCAUGGUUGUCCAAUACUUUCCGAGAAACCCUCACCCAUCGGCCCUUCGUGUCUGAGUUCCACAACUUCCUGUCCGGGCUACAGCUGCACACUGACUACCUCCAGAAUGGCGAGUUCUCCAUGUGGAAAGACACAGUGCUUGAUGGUUUCCCAAACCAGCUGACAGAGUUUGCGAACCACCUGUGCCUGCUGGACACCGCGUUCUUCAUCAACUCCAGUUACCCACCGCUCCUCAGGCCGGAGAGGAAAGUCGACCUCAUCAUCCACCUCAAUUACUGUGCCGGGUCCCAGACCAAGCACCUGAAGCAAACCUGCGAGUACUGCACCGUGCAGAACAUCCCCUUCCCCAAAUACGAGCUGCAAGAUGACGACAAAAGUCUCAAGGAAUGCUACCUGAUGGAGAACCCCCAGGAACCUGAUGCCCCCAUCAUCAUUUUCUUCCCACUCAUCAACGACACCUUCCAAAAGUACAAGGCACCAGGUGUGGAGCGAAGCCCUGAGGAGCUAGAGCAGGGCCAGGUUGACAUUUAUGGCCCCAAAACUCCCUAUGCCACCAAGGAGCUGACUUACACGGAGGCCAACUUCGACAAGCUGGUGAAGCUCUCUGAGUACAACAUCCUGAAUAACGAGGACCAGCUCCUUCAAGCCCUGCGUCUGGCAGUGGAGAAAAAGAAACGCCUGAAGAGCCAGAGUCCCUCCUAG